GAGGCAAACCAUGUGACUGCAGGGUAUCAGGAGAGAUUAGUGGAUAGUUGCUUGUGGACCUGCUGAGGCAAUGCUCCCACAAUCAGUGGAGGCAGAACACUUCGACGGGCUAUCACUCCUGUACUGGACCAUAAUGGGGCCCCAUGGUAUCAGACGUGCUGUGGAGAGACUAGACUUCACAGAUUGUAAGAAAGGACUUGGUGUGAAGAUUAUUGGGGGCUACAGGGAACAGAGCGGUGAAGAGUUCGGUAUUUUCAUUAAAAGGGUUUUACCAGGUGGUGUGGCGGCACACGAUGGGCGUCUUAAAGCAGGGGACCUCAUUUUAGAUGUCAACAACAUGAAUUUAGGGGGUGUUACAAAUGAAAGGGCAGUCGAGAUUCUUCGCAUGGCAUCAGCUACAAAUCACAUGUCUUUACUGAUCGUUCGUGAUGAUGCCUCCAGGAGGGAAUUCGCUGAACUAAUGGAAAAAUACGGCUCAAGCAGUAACACUAGUUCUGGAUCAGACAGGACAUCUCCCACCUCUGUUUCCACAGGUAAGAUGACGGACACUGCCUCCUCCUCCUCAUCUUCCAGAUCAACAAGUCCUCUGCUUCUGAGCCCUAAAGACCCAAACCCAGUAUACACCACUGCCUGCACUGCCUCCCCAUCUCCACAAGUCUGCACAGACUGCAUGAUUCAGUUGAUAUGUGUUGCCAAGGGGACAGGAUUAGGCCUGGUCAUUAGAGGUGGGGCUAACCGUGCAGAGGGGCCAAUGGUGUUCAUUCAGGAAAUAAUGCAAGGAAGUGACUGCCAAAAAGAUGGGAGACUUAAAGCAGGGGACCAGCUCAUAUCUAUCAACAAAGAGUCAUUCAUUGGAGUAACACAUGAAGAAGCCAAAAGCAUACUUACUCGAACAAAACUGAGGCCAGACCCUACUGUAGAGAUAGCAUUUAUCAAACGAAGGUCUUCUUCAGGCUCCAGCAGUGGACCUCACAGUCCCAUCUCCCUUCAGCCUCCCAUUGGUACUGUCCCCCAGCUUAGGCCCACUGGACUAGGGGGAGCAACUCUGCCUGGAGGCCUUGUUCCCAAGAUAUCCAACACCCCCAAAUCUGGAAGUGAAACAUUGCCUUCAGUAGAACUUACUAAGGUACGAAUAGCAACAGCACAGCCUGAGUUAACCCCUGUAUCCUCACCUGAGAGUGCCUGCUCCACAGUGGCCAACUCUGAUGUAACCGCUGCCUGUAAGCCCUGCAACACCUCCAGACCCUCAAAACCUCCGCCCUCCAACCCCAGCUCCCAGCUCAAGCCGGAGAAAAUUGAGCAGGCACUGGAUGUGCUGGGAUUGAAGCCUACCGAGACCCAGGUCCGAACUCUGAGAGAAAGACUGCGUUUGAGCCCAGCAGGGACAGUGGCCAAUGGAGAUUUUGAGAGAGUUGCAAAGGAACAAUUGAGUCUACCGUCUAAGUCUAACUUAGAACAGGAAGUAGCAAGAUUCACAUCAGAUGAUCUCACUGACUCUUCAUUAAACCCUACGCCAUCGAUAUCAGACUCUGAUGAUUUGGAUGAGAUGGAGAGACUAAGAAAAGACCACAUUGAUGCCUUGAGAGAAAUCAAGAGACUACAGGAUAAGCUGGCAGAAUCCGAGAGACUUAAUCAUAAGAUGCAGCAGGAACUGACAAAAGUUAAACAGGAAGGAAAAUCUGCCAUGGAAGAGAGCCGAUCCAUGCGGACCAGGAUCCAUCUGGCAGAGGCAGCUCAAAAAGAGGUCCGGGGGAUGGAGAUGGACUAUGAAGAGGUUAUCCACCUCCUGGAGGCUGAAAUCGCUGAAAUGAAGUCGCAGAAAGCUGAGCAGCCUGGCCAGGGCAAGGAGGCGCUAGAAGACCUGAAAAAGAGGAUUGCUGUGCUUGAAUGUCAGCUGCGGAAGAGUGAAACUGCAAAUAAGGGUUUUGAGAUCUCUACGGGUAAACUUCUACAGUUUGUGGAGGCUGUCCAAGGCUUCCUAUCUGAGAACCAAAGUGGUCCAAGAGGCUAUAGCUCUCCCAGUGAUCCAAAGCUGGCCACACUGUCUCAGACGCUGGCUUCUCGAGGUGGCAAGAAACCACCCUGGACAGCAUCUGCUCUCGCCUUGGAAGCUAAAGAACUAACUCAUGCUGUUAGAGCCAUUCUAGAGCUGGACUGUAAGUGAUGUACAUGAGCAUGCUUUCUACUUCUCCAUGCAAAACAAACAUCACAACAUCUCUUUAAUUGCCAUUGUUGUCCCCAUAUCAAUGCAACUGUGAACGUUGAUGUUGUCUGGCCCUUGACCUACUGUGUCACACAAAAGUUCAUAUAACAGCACCAGCAAUUUGACCAGAACUAUGCUAGAUGAGAUGGUGUUCAUUUUUGCAAGGAGAUUAAACAUGUCAUAAAUGUAAUACUUGUGUCAUCAUAAUCUCAAAAUCAGUUGUAUCAUGGAUUUGUGUCAUUAAUCUGUAUUAAUCAUAUAGACAGUCCUGUUUUUGCUUCUUUGUCUGUAUUGUAAACAAGGUGACUUUUAAUAAACAACCUGACCUGUGAAGUGAAUUGUACUGUAGUAUUAGCCAGAAAAUCCAAAUAUUUGUAAUACUUAACAGAUCAUUGAUGUAUAUUCAAAUAGUUAAAUAUUGUAUGUCUAUAUAUGAAACUUUAAUUAAUAUAUUUUCGUUCAAUAUACUGUAUAUUUAUAUAUUUGAAUGCAUAUGAAAUGUUACUGAUCUGUUAAGGAUUUAUUAAUGACAUUUAUUAAAGGUUUUCUAAAGUUUAUCGAAGAUACAGUAUAAAUAAGUUGUAGAACACACAACUAAAGCUGUGAAAGAUUGCACAACGUAGACAUGUCAAGUUUUUGCAUGAAUGCUAAAAAUCAUCCUUGUUCUGUAUUUUUUGCUCCAUUGUUGCUUUUUAUAUAAGAAGCAGCUGCUAAAACAUUUUACAUAGUGUUUUUAUGUUUAAAAGACUUCACAAGAAACAAGAAGACUCAAACAAUACAUGUUUUGAUUUCUGUCUUGUCAGUAUCAGGUCUCAUUUCUGACAUGACUUUUUGACAUAUGACAAGGAGCCACAUACAGUCUGCUAAUUUAGCUAUUGUUUGGCCUCCUGACACCAUUCAGCUUUGUUGGUCAAAUAAUAAUAUACAGCUUACCUUCCAACAACUUAUGACCCUUUACAGUUGCAUC